GUCCAGCACUGGUCCCCAUUCCAAACGGAGCUAUUACAUAUGAUACAAUUGCUCCUUUUGAUGAGGGAACAGUGGCUACUCAUAGCUGUAAUGACGGUUUCAUUCUGCUCGGAUCUGAGAUUCGAACGUGUUUAGCCGGAGGGAGAUGGUCUGGUCUGAUUCCUGUGUGCCUCGGUCCAUGUGACAAUCUUCCACCGUUAUUCAACGGAAUGAUCACCUACAAUACUUCCCAAGGACUUCAUAAUACUGUUGCCAUAUACACUUGUAAUGAUGGGUUCACACUUCUUGGAAGUCACCUAAGAAUCUGUGAGGAGGGAGUGUGGGAGGAAGCUAGCCCUUUAUGCUUACAAGAUGCUGCAGCGAUAACUCCAAAUGGUGCUCCAAUGGUUGGACAGAGCUUCUCCUUAUUAUGCACUGUGACUGAGACUGACUCACUUCAGCUCACCAUUUCCUACUACUGGUUCAGAGGACAAUUGCCACUUACUACUACUUCUGGUCUUCUCACCUUUGACACAUUGUUCCUGUCAGACGCUGGACUGUAUAGAUGUGAGGUCACUGUGAGCUCUGAUGAGCACCAACUUACUGUUAACUCAAGCUAUGACAUUAAUUUCAAGAGUCUUCACAUCCAGCUGCGACUCAUUAUCAGUUCUAAUUGCGGAGCAUACACUCAGUCAGAAACAGCUGUUAAAACCAGCGACAUCACUAAUGAAUUUUCCCACGGUGUCGAUGAACUUUGUCAAUGCGGUUUCAACACCUCUCUUAUCUCAAGACCAUUUAUCCGCUGCUUUGAGAACUCUCCAAAUCAUGUGACAUACAGAGCAGUUCUGAGCAGUAGUCGAACAAUCUCGGCUCUCAUAAUAGGCUCUUUUAUUGAUCGAUGGAGCAAAGAGACUCCCAGUAUUAUUGUGCAGAGUGCAGGACUUCGCAUCAACAGCACUUGUCCAGUGAUUAUUGCCAAUCCUAAUAGUCCCGAAUGCCCUGAGGAUCUCACUAAUCGCACGUUGAUAAUAACAGUAAACACAGAUAAUACUCCACUACUGAGUGUAGGUGCUGUGAUUGGCAGUGUGAUUGGAUCAUUGGCUCUUAUAGUUGCUCUAUUGGUGGUCGUCAUUUUGCUGGUUUCUCUGAGAUAUCGGAGAUACAAAUCAAAAACCUUGGGUAUCAACGUGAGGCCUGAAAUUGUUCUGGAUGAGCUUCCUCACCAUGACUAUGAUUACAUCAGCGCAUUUCAAGAGGCAAACUUGACUGGAAACCCUCAACCCUCUAUAGCAGGGGAUGGUGCUUCAGAGGUGAAGUUUGAACUGACAUCCUGUGAUGCUUACGGGCCUGGAAACCCUCAACCCUCUACAGCAGGGGACAAUGCUUCCGAGAUGAAAUUUGAAUUAACACCCUGUGAUGCUUAUGGGCCUGUGACAGUCCCCACGUACGCACGUUGACAAGUUAAAGUUAGAUUGUAUAGUCUUAUAGCUAUAGCUAAACAGAAUUAUACAGAGUAUCAAAACUGUAAGCGCUAGUGGUAUAGUAUAAUGACCUUCAAUGUUCCUCCUCACAAUAAUUAUAUGUUUUGUAGUUUUUCUAUACAUUAAUUAACAU